UCCAGAAACAACUCGGUUGUUCUCAAAUUACAGACUUUUAACUUGGGAACAGCUGAAGCUUCCGCCUCUUAACAUCAGCUGAAGACAACGAACAACCAAACAUGUUUCAAGUUUCCCAAACCGCUUCACCGUCCGCUUUGCCUGCUUUCUUACAAAAAAGACCAGUGAUGGCGGGUUAUCAGCGAACACUUCGUCUGGACACAAACAGACCGCAAGCCGUUGUCCAUGUCCUCGGCACGUCUCUGAAGACCAGCCUGAACAGGAGUGCCCCUCCCUCCUCCAAGUUCUUCUCAGUGAAAUGCACUCCCAGUGUUCAGUACAGCAUAACCCCCCCACCUCAAGGGACAUCCCAUCUCACUCCCAUCCCUCUUCAGGGAAACUCGGUCCUGCUCAUCAGCAUGAGCCAAGCCAGCCAAGAAGAAAAUGAUAGCAAGCUGUCUGUCUGCUACUACGGAGAGAACAAGAAGGUGUUGGGGAUAGCUGUGCUGCACCUGACUGCUGUUGAGAUCUCUCUGGAUGUGGACGCUGACAGAGACGGCGUUGUGGAGAAAAACAACCCCAAUAAGGGAUCUUGGAAAUGGGGUUCCAGUGGACAUGGAGCCAUCCUUUUGGUUAACUGUGACUCAGAGCCGACCUACCAGAAGAAACCAGACUGUCAGGAAGACUGCACCCCCAAAGUGUCUGAUUUGAAGGACAUGUCGCUCAUGGUGCUUCGGACCAAAGGCCCUGCACGGCUCCCGAGUGGCUACAAACUCACCAUGCACAUCUCUCAGGGAGAUGCAGAAAGCGUUCGAGUCUUCAGGUCUCGAAUCCCCGGAGUGCAGAAAAACACCUUACAGCAGCCCUCUAGCACCGUUGUGAAGGACCUUCUACGGGUGCUGAGCAUCGACGUUCUGUCUCAGGAUGUGCCUUACGUUGGAGGAACAGCAGAGAUGAACUUUUAUGUGGAGGGCCUCAGAUUUCCUGACAAAGACUUUGAUGGACUCAUCAGCAUCAGCCUCAGCCUGCUGGAACCCAUCUCUGCUGGCCUUCCUGAGACGCCCAUCUUCACCGACAAAGUUGUCUUCAGAGUGGCUCCAUGGAUAAUGACACCCAACACCCUCCAGCCCAUGGAGGUGUUUGUCUGCAGUACAUCUGACAACAACCAGUUCCUGAAAGGGAUGAACAACCUUGUAGCAAAGGUUGGGUCCAAACUGAAGAUAUGCAGUGAGGAUGUGAACAGAGGAGACCGCUGGAUGCAGGAUGAACUGGAAUUCGGAUACAUUGAUUCACCCCAUCACUGGUUUCCUGUUGUUCUGGAUUCCCCACGAGAUGGAGAGCUUCAGGACUUUCCAUAUGACGAGCUGCUGGGCCCUGACUUUGGCUAUGUGACGAGGAUUGCAAAGAGGAAGGAUGUAAGCAGUCUGGACUCGUUCGGUAAUCUGGAGGUUAGCCCUCCUGUCACUGUGAAUGGAAAGAAUUUCCCUCUGGGCAGAAUCCUCAUCGGGGUUGCCUUCCCUACGGCAACUAAAGGACGAAACAUGACCAAAGUAGUUCAAGACUUUCUGUGGGCUCAGAAGGUUCAGGAGCCCAUUGCCUUGUUUUCUGACUGGCUCUUUGUUGGCCACAUAGAUGAAUUCAUGACUUUUGUUCCUGCAAAAGACAGAAAGGGCUUCCGUCUGCUGCUGGCCAGCCCAGAUGCAGGCUACAAACUAUUCAGAGGCUUACAGAAGGAUGGACAUGGACAAGCCAAACUGUUUGAGGGUCUGAAAGGUCAAGAACCAGUGACAUUGGACGAGAUACUAAAUGAUAAAAGUCUCCAGGCUGAAAAUAACUAUGUGCAGAGCUGCAUUGACUGGAACAGGGAUGUACUAAAGAGAGAGCUUGGACUGGAUGAUGAUGACAUUGUUGACCUGCCAAUCCUCUUCAAAUUGGAACUGGAGAAGAAGGAGGAGGAGGAGGAAACAUACAGAGCGGUGGCUUAUUACCCUGACAUGGUGAACAUGAUUGUGUUGGGGAAAAGCCUCGGCAUCCCAAAGCCAUUUGGCCCCAAGGUGAAUGGACGGUGUGCGCUUGAGGCUGAGAUGUGUUCCCUGAUGGAGGGUCUGGGUCUCUCCUGUACAUUCAUUGAUGACUUUGCCUCCUACCACAAACUGCUGGGAGAGGUGCACUGUGGCUCCAACGUCCGCAGGAAACCAUUCGACUUCAAGUGGUGGAAUCUGGAGUUUUAAAUGAAAACUAAGGAAGGUUAAAAUACUAGUCCUUAAGGUUUAGGUGACAGUACUGAUGGCACCAGAAAACAACAGCUACACCAAACCCUUCACAAAAUGACCCAUGUGAAAUGUUGCAGCAGCAAAAUGGAGAUGCGUCUCCUGCACCUGCUUCACAGUUAAAGCAACUCCCCCUUGUACCAGACUUGAACAUGUCACAUCCAAAGCUGCAGCAGCAGGAAAUGAUUUCUCUGCAUGAGCAACAUCUCACCAGAACUCUGACGCCUGCACAGCAGUCAGCAGAGCCAGAUUACAGAGGUUCUUUGUCCCUGACAUACAAAAAGCUGAAAUUAAAUACACAUUGAGAUUGUUAUUGCUUAGCAAAGUGGUAUAGUUUGCCUCAAAGCUUUACAAAUCUUUGUCUUAAAAUAGUUUUCUUCUCUUACUUUAACAUAAGUACCAUGUCAUCCCAAAGUUGUUGCAGAGUAGUAAUCUACAUUUAAAUAAGAAAUAAUUACUCUGGGUUGGACAUUGGUGAGCUUCUUCAAGUCUUUUGAGCAGGAAUUAAAGCAAAAAGAAAUGCAAUCAUUAGAACUGGGCACAUGGAAAAUUUGCUCCCAGUGCUGAAGUGAAGCACAAUAGAUAAAUAAUACAUCAUUAUGUUCAAUAACAAUACAGAACCACUAGAGGGCAGACAUCAUCUACUCCAGCAUUUCCAUGUCCCAAUAUAACAGUUUUCCUUCAACUUAAACUUUUUUUUAAUAACUGACAUGUCUCCAGUCUCCAUCUAAAUGAUUUAAUGCAAAAACACGGCUGAAUUAAUUCAGUUUGAACUGUUUGUUGUUCUACAUUUUUCAAGGUCUUCAACUUUUGUACUGUCACACAGUAUAAAUGCCGUCAUUAACUUACUUCUCGUUGUACCAUGUAUCAUUGAAUAAAAGUCCAGCGUCUGUCAAAUCA